AUGGUCAACUUGAUUUGGUUUAGAUUGGUCUUGUUGGCCAGCCUGGUGGUCCUGUCUGUGGCGGGCAAUGGCCCGGCUGUCCUGGACUCCGAUUUGAGCUCGGGGAGUAGGGGAGUCACCUAUAUGCACGAAAAGAUUUAUCUACUCCAUCGCCAGAAGCGCUGGCUCACCUUUGAACUGGGAUCUUCUCUCACGGUAACGGCCAACUGCGCUAAGGCAGUUUUAGACACCAUACCAAGAGGUCUUCUUUGGUUGGCUGAGAUUACUAGCAUUUAUGAACUUCCCGCUGCCGUUGAAGAUUGGAUACCCCGUCAUGUGGGCAAGCCAAAAGUGAAACCUGUGCCACCGACUCCUCCCCCUCCUCCACCACCUCCUCCUCCGCCGCCUCCUCCACCGCCACCUCCUCCCCUACCAGCUCCUCCAGGAGAUCCAAUUGACUUUCAACCACAGCCCGUCAUUGUGCCCCUCAAUCCCGCGGAUCCCAUCCAGUCCUUCUACUUUGCCUAUCCCCAAGGCAUUCCACUGAGUCCUACUUUGAGUCGUCGCAAGUCCUACUCCCAGCAGAUGCAGAUGGGAUGUCCAGCCUCCCACCUGGUCAAGGAUAUGUAUGGCACCUACUACUGCCGACCCUCUGCCAUGUCCCGCAGACUGAGACGCGAAUUGGAGAGCCAGGGCAAAAGGAUAAUCAACGACUCACAGAAUCCACAGAAUAUGCUAUUCGAUCUGAUUGCCAUGAUGGCCACCAUGUUUAAUUACCAGCCCGACUACUGCAUCAUGCGGACCCUGUGCGAGGCACGUCAUCUGCUGGCUCCGCCGGGCUUAACGCUCUUCCACGAUAUCUUCCGCAUCAUGCUGCGCUACGUGCAUCCGGAGAUAGCCCAUAAACCCAAGUAUCGGGAGGCCUUCACCGCCGGCCAUUCGCUCCACGGCUGCGCCAGUUUGUACGGGCCGCAUUGCCGCCAGAGCUUUUUGCUGCUCAUCAGCGAGCGCUUUCAGGAGAAGUACGCACGUUGA